GCGCCUUGCGGCCCAGCCUGACGGCGAGCGUGACAACGCGUGGAUUUCCAAGUGUUCGUUAUCGUUAGGAAAUAAAGGAUUUAUAUCAGCGAGACGACGUUGUGUCGCGUAGCCACAUCGACGACGGACAACAACGAGGAUAGACAGAGAAAGAGCGAGAGUGGUGACAAAACUUGUGAGAUUAGAUCCAGGAGAAGAUCAUCAAUAUCGGAAUGCAGGCGGAAUUGUUGUACCGAAAACCGGCGAUGGCAAGCCAGGCCGGUUUUCAUCACGCCGGGAACGAGCGGGAAAAAAACAGCGGCAGAGAUUCGCGCGAGACGAUACACUCGGGUCACUUUAUGAUCUCGGACUUUGAGGCCGAGGCCCAGGACGACGAGGACGAGCUUGCCGUGCCGGUGCCAGACCAGGUGGAGGCGCAGACCAGCAGAUUUGCGAUUAUCGCCCCGUCCGGUUUCCCGCACGACAGAUUUGCGAGCACGAGCAUCGAGACGUCCUUGAACAAACUUUUUCAAUGCAUGUCUCUUGCCUACAGACAGAAGCUGACAUCGCCUAAAUGGAAUCGCUUCAAAGGAAUCAGACUGAGAUGGAAAGACAAGAUCAGACUAAACAACGUGAUUUGGAGAUGUUGGCACAUGCAAUUUAUAUUGAAGCAAAACACACUGGUAUGCCAGUUUGCAUCACCGCUUGAUGUUGAUACUCACAAUAAGCCUGAGGCGGUGGUCUUAGAGGGAAAAUACUGGAAACGAAAGCUCGCGGCUGUUACAGCAGAAUACAAGAAAUGGCGUAUGUUCUAUCGGAACAGAAUCCAUGGCAGCAAAGAUGGCACAGAAAUGAUGGAGUCAAUGGACAUGCUAGAUUGGAGCAAUGGGAGCGGAACUAUCGGCAACUUCGGAACGGGUACGGGAAAUACAUAUGGUGGUACCACUGGAACUCCUUCUGGAGAGAGUAUGAUGGUCGACGAAGAUUAUAUGGAACUAAUGACAGAUACUCUUUUCUCGACCAUUAGCUCGAAUCAACCAAUAUAUUUUCCGGAUCCUAGAGAAAUUGCUCGAGGUGCGAGUUUAGCAGACUUUAUCCAACCCAGUCUGGGACCAUUGCAACCGAAUCUGGACGAUUUUAUGGAUACUCUAGAGCCAUUGCAAGAAUUCCUAAACUCGAAAUUAGCUCCUGUGCCCGAGGAGGAUGAUAUAUUUCGGAAUAGUAGUCUAAACGCUAAUUAUUCUGAUCUGGAUCUGAUGACACCGAUUAAUCAGAUGAACGAAAUAGGCGAGGCUCCCGUGACGAUCAAGAACGAACACACGCCGCAACAGCAGCAGCACCACCAAUUGCCUCGGGAAGAACAAGAGACUACCAUGCAGAAUCUCCAAUACACCGCCAAAAUAUAUACUCAGCCGCAAUCCGGAGCACCGAGCGUGUUUAGAAAUACCAUAGCUAUGAGUGAGAAUUACAAUGCCAUCCAGUCGCCAAACUUUGAGGUGUCCGCUGCGACAAAUCAAUCCCCGCAAAAAACCAGAGGUAAUAGAGGAUCAUCGAGAAGUAGCCGUGUGAUACAACAAUCUCCGCAGCAGCAGCAACGAAUACAGCAGAGUACGUAUCAAGCGAGCACGCAACAACCACCUUCAGGAUUCCAAUCGCAGCAACCGCAAUCUUACGCGAUGGAAAUUCAGACGGUGCAGUUGGCACCGAUGCAAAGUAAUCAAUCGCAACCGGUGCAAAUCACAACACUAAGCGAUCAGACGACGGUUAACGCCAAUCAGAUAUCGUCAAUUGCCGCUGCCGCCGCUGCUGUACAAAAUCUAGUGACGGUGCAGCAGAAUUUUUCACAGGCUAACACUACGCCACUGCAGACCCAGCAUCCGGCUAUGAGGUCGUUACCGACCACUACGCCGAUGUCCAGCAAACCUUACAAGAUAGUUCAGCCGCAGCAACAAUGCUACAAAUUUCCGAACCUCGUGCAAAAUCUUAAUGCUCAAUCGUGUAAAUUUGACGCUAAUAAUUUCAAGACACAUCCUACGCAACAAGUGGUAUCGGUUCCUUCACCGGAUCAAUCGUCACAGUCGCAAAUAUUACUGCAGUGCAGAUCUCCUGGAUUAGAUCUCGCUGCGUCUGCUAUGCACUCGACUAAAUUACUACCUCAACCGACAACGUCUAACAUGGAAAAAGAAGAGAUCUUUGCCGUACCUAAGCAGUACCAAAUAAAAGGAAGAAAUAGAUCACGAAGCAGCUCCUCGUUAGGAGCAUCUAGGAUACACCCACCGCCGCUAGUGACUGCAGUGAGCGAUCCAGCUUUGAAUCUAAAUAAUAAUGUUUUGCUUACUCACUUGCUGACAAAUAAAAUAACGCAAGUGACAACGGCGCAGCACAUCACGACACCAGUGACUGUUCAAACGAUGCAGACUGCUAGUGUACAACAGGCACCACCACCACCACCACAACAACAACAACAGGCGAUGCAACCGUCUACAACCCAACAGAUUCUCUUAAAUGCAAACAGUCAGACGCAUCAUUCCCAAAGUAGUCCCGGGUCGCCGAAGGAUAGCAGUAGCUCUAAUGCGCACAGUCCCCAAGCUUUAAGUCUCAGUCCUCUUCAUAGUCCCAUGAGUAUAGGUAGUCCCUUAUCGCCCACUCGCGGAUAUAUUAAAGGUGAAUCGGAAAGAGGACAAUAUAAAGAGCAGCGGCGAGUCGGCCACAUUCACGCGGAACAGAAGCGUAGAUAUAAUAUCAAAAACGGCUUCGAUAUGUUGCAUAGUCUGAUACCGCAACUUAGUCAAAAUUCUAGCGCGAAGCUAAGCAAAGCCGCGAUGCUGCAGAAAGGAGCGGAUUACAUUCGGCAGUUGAGAGCAGAAAGGCAUCAAUUGAAGGAGGAGAUGGAUAGUCUGAAACAACAGAUUGAGUGCCUUAAUACGUCAAUUAGUAAUUGUCAAUCCAUGCUUCCUGCAACGGGUGCUCCAGUUUCUAGACAAAGAACUAGCAAAAUGAAAGAGAUGUUUGAUGAGUAUGUACGCACACGCACACGAGAAAACUGGAAAUUCUGGAUUUUUAGUAUAUUGUUGGAACCGUUGAUGUCAUCCUUCAAUGCUUCAGUCUCGACUGCGAGUAUUGAGGAUUUAUAUAGAAGUACAAUACUAUGGGUAGAGCAACACUGCUCACUUGUCGAUCUCAGACCAGCUGUUCUGAACUCUCUAAGGUAUCUGUGUACUGCCACUGAUAUUCUGACGGAUCCAGCUCGUCUACCUGAGGAAUCGCUCGCGGCAGUUAAUCGGACAGAACGUCGACGGUCUACACAGUGACCAAUAAGCAAAUUCGUUGUGACGUGUUUAUACGAAAGAAAAGUUAAAGAUUUAAAUAUGUAUGAACACACAAGGGAUGAUAGUUACCGUAUAAACUGAAGUCUAUGAGAGAGAAAGAAGAAGAAUGUGUGGUUAUCAUAAAUGGUGACGAUAACCAUAGACGAAAAAGCAAGAAUUUAAGUGCAAUUCCUCUUUUUAUUGCAACCUCACGUUGAAAUUAAAAAAAAAAAAUAAAAAAAAAAAACAAAUCUAUGGCAAAAGUUAUAUAUAUACAUAUAUAUAUGAUGCGUUUUAUAUAUUAUACAUUUAAAUUAUAUACAUGUACUGAAGAGAUAAUUACAGUACAUCGAUGGUGACACAAAAUUCGCAUACAAAUUAUUUCCUACGAAGCAGAAAAAACGUAUACUUUUUUACGUUUAUUUCACGCAAUCGUACACACUGUCUUAAAAGAAAAAAAAACUGCAUCACACGUAAGAAAAAAUAUUCUAAUAUAAAUAAAUGUCCUUACACACACACACAACAAACAGGGUGGACCAUGUAAAGUGUCACAAUUUUCCCGGAAUCUAUUAUGGCGAAGAAAUUCUUUUUGAGUGUUUUAAGAUUCAUCGGGAUUUUUUAUGUGAUAUAUAUGAGGUUGCGCGGGUGUGCCGAAUUUCCAGCCUCCUAAUUUUUUUUAAUGGAAUGACUUGUGAAAUUUUGCCGAUCAUAGACGUGUUUCAACCAUGCAAAAUGUAAGUGAGUGAUUAAAAGUUAUUUGUUUUUA